CACAGGACUCCUCUUGGGCCAAUCAGCACCAAUGUUUUGGAGCACAGUACGUUACCCGCCAUGAAACAAAGAAGAAGUGCUUGCCUGACUUGCGUGACCACCACCACCAUGGAUUCGGCUGGGACAAAUACGAUUCCUGCUGCUCCAGUAGCUCUGAUCGACUUCUCUGCUAAAGCCAAAAAAAAAAAGCUUGACUGUUCUAUUGAUGGCAGGACAACUGAAAACCAGGUUGGGAAAUCAAUUUCAUGCCCAAGAGUGAAGAGAGGGUCAGAAACAUAUGCUAGUUUUUUUGAGACUUUAAGCAAAAACUGUCCAAGGAGUGCAGCACUGAUGGCUAGGGAGCCUUACUACAAAGAAUUCAUCCCCAAAUCUAGUAUGCUUCCUAAAACUGUUCUUGAAUACAGAACACCAGAGACUCUGCAGCUACCCCCCAAAGAGCUUGGAGAGCUAUGCCAGGUAUUCCAGCUAGAAGAGCUCAUCAUGUCCCAGGUCCAGGCUGUAGAGAGGGCAACUCGAAGUCAGAGUGCAAGCAGGAUUUGGUUUAGGCAAAGAGCUGGACGCAUAACUGCUUCCAAGCUGAAACAAGCUAUUAAGACCAACCCCCAGCAACCAUCCAAGAGCUUGAUCAAGGCCAUAUGCUACCCAGAAGCAUAUAGGUUCACCACAGCCGCUACAAGUUAUGGAUGCAAACAUGAAGCACAAGCCAGAGGAGUCUAUGAGAAGCUGAUGGGUCGGGAGCAUGCAGGCUUCUCCUGUAUGGACAGUGGUCUCUGGCUGAACCCCAAGUGGCCAUACAUGGGGUCCUCCCCUGAUGGGAUUGUUGCUUGUGACUGUCACGGAACUGGCAUCUGCAAGAUUAAGUGUCCACACUCUCACCAAGAUGAAGCCAAUCUGCGCUUGUGUGCUGGGGAAAAGGGCUUCUGCCUCAUCAAUGAUGGGGAUAAUGUCAUGCUGGACCGGACUCAUGACUACUACUACCAAGUUCAGGGACAGCUUCACAUUGUAGACGCUGAGUACUGUGAUUUUGUUGUGUGGAACCACAAUGACAUUUUUGUUGAAAGGAUUUUGCCCGAUCUUGAACUUUAGGAUGAUGUUAGGCUUUUUUAGAAACGGCAUACUUCCAGAAAUACUGGGACAGCAAGUUACAAACUCACAUGUGUAAUGUAAUGAAAGGAUCCAGGCACUCUUGAAAGUGGGCUGUGUGAUAUUGCUGUUAUAUCAAUACGGUUGUAUGAGACAAGAUUACAUUUUGACUAUUGUUAUGAGUGUGGUCUUUGUGAGUUCUGGCUGUUGUAUAAUUUAAAUGAAAACAUUAAAUGCCAUUGAGAA